AUGUUUAAUACACGUUCGACGGGUGCUGGUUUAAUUAUAUUUUCACGAAAUGGUAAACAAGUAGUUCUUGUUGAAUCCAAUUAUGCUGAUUACAAUUUAGGAUUUCCAAAAGGUUUUAUUGAUAAAUAUGAAACACCAAAACAAGCGGCUAUACGUGAAGCAAACGAAGAAACUGGUUUAAAAAUACAAGAAUUAACAUUUGUACCAUUGCAACAACCAUUAGUUGAAUAUGAUCCUCAAGGUAAUAAUGAAUAUUACGUGGCUGGUGUUAUUGACAAUAAUAUUAAUCAAAUUCAAUUUCGAUAUAAUCCAUAUGAAAUACGAUCUACACGAUGGUAUUCAAUCAGUGAUGCUUUACAACUACAAAAAUUAUAUCCAAAUCGAAAACAAUUGUUGUUACACGCACGGCAAUUGUAUUUAAAAUCAAAAUAUCGAAAUAAACUCUUGCAUGGACAUCAAUUUAUUCACAGUUAA